UCCUUUGCACUACACAAGUACAAUCAACCAACAAACAGCUGACCAACGGCAGCAACUUUCAAAAAGGCUAUUGAAAACGAAGAUUUCAUUAUUGUCUCUUUAGAAUGAAAUGCCUGUUGGUAUUCGAUUAUUCGAAUGAUGUUAUUUAUACUAAGUACAAUAAAAAAUUCGCUUCACACAUUAACGAUUUGGCGAAGUUGCAGGGAUUAACAUCAGAACAGAAUAAAAAUGCAAAGAUUAGUUCUAACAUUAUCGUGCAAAUAUUUUCCCCGAUUGUCACCUCGCAGCGUAUUAUGAGUUGUCAAUUUGGCAAUUCGUACACUUCCAUUCAAUGUGACAAUGGUUUGAAUAUGGCAUUUGAAGAAUUUAUGGGAUAUCUAUUUGUGAGCAUCGGACAGGAAGAUGUCGCUGCUAUGAAGAGAUUUCUUAGUGUAUGUGUCACUAUUGUCCGGUAUUUAUGUGGACCUGAUGUUGUUAUGUUGAAAUCAAAUAAACAAAUAGCUUCGAUUGUAACAUCCGUAAUCGAUAGUUGGAUAUAUUUGCACAAUACCGAACAAUUGAUGUUAAUAGAAGCAAUAGAACAGCUAAUGAUCAAUUCUGAUCUCAGUUCAUCAGCUUUGAAUACACUACAAGAAGCUGUAGAUAGGCUACAGGCUGUAAUAGAACGCCCCAAGGUCCACGCUUUAAUUUUAGUUCAGAAUAAAUUUUUAGGCUUAUAUUCCAGCCGAACAGCAACGUCCUUGUCUUCAACUGAUAUAUUAUUUUUUAUCUUGCUGUGUAACGUCAACAAUUUAAAAAAUGUCUCAAAUGAGACUGAUACAGAAACAGAUAGCGAAGAAGAAUUUUACAGCCCUCAAUCGAGUCCGGUACACGCUUCUGAAACGCAACUAAAAAGUGGGAAAAUUUGUAACUACCAAGUGAUGCUAGCCGGAAAUGAUUUCGUUCCUAAGUGCGUGCCGCACGUGAUCUACAUCAGUACAAUAGAAGAAGGUGUUGAUUUACUGUUAAUAAUUGAAGUUGGGAACGCCUUGAUCUCGUCUGGUCUGUACGAUACAUUUUUUCACUUGAAUGCAAUACAAACUGCACAAAUUCAGAGAGAUAUAGAAACACUCAAACCUGCUUUUGAUAACCUAGACACUGCCAUUAAAAAACUUACAGACGGUCUGAAAAAAGUCAAAAACAGCACCUUCGAAUUGAGUUACAAGCAACUUUCCAAGCAGUGGGAUUAUAUGCGGAAAAAAUAUUUAGAAUUUAUCAAAGCGAAUUGUUCCGAUGCUCUGCUGAGAGCCGAAUCAGCGACGAUGAAUUUUUUAGACAUUUUGAAAGAACUACUGAAUUUAACAGCCUUUGACAAUUCUGUGCUCAAUGCAAGUCAGGUUUGCGUGAAGGAAAUUGUAAAUAUGGUUCAGGAGAAAUUGGAGAGCUUUAAUGAAUUUUUUAGAGCGAAGGCACUUCGGAAUUUUACUUUGGGAUCUAGAGAUUCCCUAACCAUCAAUAAGUAUCUUGAGGAAUUUCCUGGAUUGGUUCACUUUAUAUAUGUCGAUAGAACAACUCACAGAGUGACUACUCCGACCUUAGAUUUCACUUCGUCAGAAACGGUCAAUCUGACUAAGAAAAAGAUUUGGUCGAUGAUUCAUUUUUCUCGUAACCAUUUGCAAGAAGGUCACCUGUCACUUAUGUGGAAAGAUACAACUUUUAAUUAUGCUUACUUUUUAUGGUUUGAGGAUACAUCCGGUACAGCUUUAAAACCAACUAUCUUUCCUACAAAUGCAUCGAAAGCAUUACCGCAACCUGGAAUAUUAUGUGGCGAUUUUUAUCAAAAAUUGAAGGAAGCGUGUUUUCCAAAAAUGUCUCCCACAAAAGUGAGAUGUUAUGAAUUGUUUUGUAUUCAUUUAGGAUUAGCCACCGCAUCGUGUGUAUUGGAACACACAAGGCGAUUGGCAGCUACCAUAUGGGAACUUCGAGGACACCCCAAUCAUCCAAUUGAUCUUUUGUAAUUUUAUAUGUAAGCAUUAUUGAUUGGGUAUUACACAUAGGUAUAUAAGUGUUAUAAAGCAUUGCCAUCGUAUUUAUGUAUUUAUAUCAUUCAAAAUAUGUUGUAGGGCAUAUCAUUAUUUAUAUUAUUUAGAUUUUAAUAACAUGAAAUCUGUGUAUAUAAUUCAGUAUUUGUAUGUCAUUAAAAUAUAAGGGCAAAAUUGAUCGAAAAGAA